UUUGAAAAAAAAAAGCUACGAACUUUUUGACUUCUCAAGUUCACACACGGAAAAGGGUAGGGUUUUAAUCUUUACCAUUCUCUCUGUCCGUUCUCUCUAACCUGAGAAAUUCUCCGAGAUGAUGAAAGAUUUCCAGGAAAAUUCCUGACAAAAAAGCCAGCAAAACCCUAAAGGUGCUUGAUUUCUGUUCUUCAAGCUCUCAAGAGCAACCCCAACUUGGUUUCUUGCACUCUCCUUUCCGUGCUUACAGUUCGACUCUCUGCCGGAAAACCCUAAUCACAGACUGCCGAAUCCGUAUCAGAAAUGACCCAUUUUGCUCAAUCUCUGAUUUUUCCGCGUUGGAAAUGACCCGUUUGCUCCGAAUUUACCGUCAUGCCACUGCCCGUUGAGCUCCGUUUUGUCGAGUAGAUGUAGGUGGGAGAAGGAGCCAUGGAAGGGGACGAGCGAGGAAUCUUGCUGUCUUGUGUAAUUUCGGGUACCCUUUUCGCUGUUUUCGGUUCGGGCUCCUUCUGGAUACUCUGGGCAGUGAAUUGGCGGCCCUGGCGGCUCUAUAGCUGGAUAUUCGCUAGAAAAUGGCCAAAAGUAUUUCAAGGUCCCCAGCUCGGCGCAUUAUGUGGGUUUCUGUCUCUUUUUGCAUGGAUGGUUGUCGUAUCCCCAAUCCUGAUCCUUAUCGCAUGGGGUUCCUGGCUGAUUGUGAUACUAGAUCGAGAUAUAAUUGGCCUUGCUGUAAUAAUGGCUGGAUCAGCGCUUUUACUGGCGUUUUAUUCAAUCAUGCUUUGGUGGAGGACUCAGUGGCAAAGCUCACGAGCUGUCGCUUUACUUCUCCUUCUUGGUGUUGCCUUACUUUGUGCAUAUGAACUUUGUGCCGUCUAUGUGACUGUUGGGGCGCAUGCAUCUGAGCAAUAUUCUCCUUCUGGUCUCUUUUUUGGUGUAUCUGCAAUCGCCUUGGCAAUCAAUAUGCUUUUUAUCUGCCGGAUGGUCUUUAAUGGGAAUGGGUUAGAUGUGGAUGAAUAUGUAAGGAGAGCUUACAAAUUUGCCUAUUCAGAUUGUAUUGAGGUAGGUCCUGUGGCUUGUUUUCCAGAGCCGCCUGAUCCCAAUGAAUUAUAUCCGCGACAAACCAGCAGGGCUUCACAUCUCGGGUUACUGUACCUUGGCUCACUUGUUGUACUUGUUGCCUACUCAGUCCUAUACGGUCUCACAGCUAGGGAGGCCCGUUGGCUUGGAGGCAUUACUUCAGUUGCGAUUAUAGUUCUUGAUUGGAAUAUUGGGGCAUGCUUGUAUGGGUUUAAGCUUCUUCGGAGUCGUGUUCUGGCGCUAUUUGUGGCAGGAACAUCUCGGCUUUUCCUAAUAUGCUUUGGUGUACAUUACUGGUACCUGGGGCAUUGCAUUAGUUACAUUUUCGUAGCAUCAGUUCUAUCAGGUGCUGCUGUUUCCCGGCAUUUAUCAGUGACAGAUCCUUCAACUGCAAGGAGAGAUGCCUUACAAAGCACUGUGAUCCGUUUGAGAGAAGGUUUCCGGAGAAAGGAGCAUAAUAGCUCUUCAAGUUCUUCCGAUGGUUGUGGCUCAAGCAUGAAAAGAAGCAGCAGCAUAGAGGCUGGCCAGGAAGCUAAUCGUACUGCUGUACAAUGCAUUGCCAACAAUCAGAAUAAUAUUCUACCAAGAACCGGAAGUUCCCAAGAGGGUAUCAAUAGUGAAAAGAGCUUAGAUAGUGGAAGACCAAGCUUGGGUUUACGCAGUAGCUCAUGUCGUUCUAUGGCCCAAGAGCCUGAAGCUGGAAUGUCUUCUUAUCUUGAGAAAGUUUCUGAUCAGGAUAACAAUCUGGUGGACUGUUCUAGCAGCGGUCUUGACAGUCAAGGUUGUGAGUCUAGCGCAUCAAAUUCUGCAAAUAAUCAACUUCUGGACUUAAACUUGGCACUUGCUUUCAAGGACCGCUUGAACGAUCCCAGGAUUACAUCGAUGCUAAAAAAGAAAGCUAAAGAAGGCGACCUUGAACUGACUGGUUUAUUGCAAGACAAGGGGCUGGACCCCAACUUUGCCAUGAUGUUGAAGGAAAGAAAUUUGGAUCCAACUAUUCUGGCUCUGCUUCAGAGAAGUAGUUUGGAUGCGGAUAGAGAUCACCGUGACAAUACUGACAUUACCAUUAUUGACUCAAACAGUGUUGACAACACUCUGCCAAAUCAGAUUUCCUUAUCCGAAGAAUUGAGGUUACGAGGGCUAGAGAAGUGGCUCAAACUGUCCAGACUUGUUCUGCACCAUGUAGCAGGGACACCAGAGAGAGCAUGGGGCCUCUUUAGUCUUGUCUUCAUUCUUGAAACAAUUAUUGUUGCUAUUUUUCGUCCAAAGACCAUUACAAUCAUAAAUUCUAGUCACCAACAGUUUGAAUUCGGGUUUGCUGUACUGCUGUUGUCACCUGUUGUCUGUUCAAUCAUGGCUUUUCUUCGGUCACUUCAAGUUGAAGAAAUGGCCUUGACAUCAAAAUCUCAGAAGUAUGGUUUUGUGGCCUGGCUGCUGAGCACUUCAGUUGGGUUAUUACUCUCUUUCUUGAGUAAAUCUUCUGUCCUUUUGGGAAUAUCCUUGACUGUGCCUCUCAUGGCGGCAUGCCUUUCUAUUGCAAUUCCAAUAUGGAUCCAUAGUGGUUAUCAGUUCUGGGUUCCUCAUUUUCCCUGCGGUGAUCAGGCAGGAGAUCCGCAAUCUCCUCGGUUGAAGAAGGGAAUUGUUCUUUACAUUUGCGUUGUGGUAUUUGUGGGAUCUGUAAUUGCUCUUGGUGCAAUUAUAUCUGCUAAGCCUUUGGAUGAUCUGAAGUACAAGUCCUUUAGCUCUAAGGAGAACUUCUUCGCUUCUCCUUACACAUCUUCUGUGUACCUUGGCUGGGCAAUGGCAUCUGGAAUUGCCUUAGUAGUUACCGCAGUUCUGCCAAUUAUCUCAUGGUUUGCGACAUAUAGAUUCUCCCUUUCUUCUGCCAUCUGUGUUGUGAUAUUCUCAGUUGUUCUUGUGGCAUUUUGUGGGACAUCAUAUUUGGAGGUUGUGAAAUCUAGAGGUGAUCAGGUUCCUACAAAGGGCGAUUUUCUUGCUGCUUUGCUGCCCCUGGCAUGCAUUCCCGCACUGCUCUCUCUGUGUUGUGGAUUGAUUAAAUGGAGAGACGACGGUUGGAUACUAUCACGGGGUGUAUAUGUUUUUGUUUCUACAGGACUUCUUCUUCUUUUUGGUGCAAUAUCAGCUGUUAUUGUUGUAAUUAAGCCAUGGACGAUUGGUGCAUCCUUUCUCUUAGUUCUUCUCCUUGUCAUGCUAGCUAUUGGUGUAAUCCAUCAUUGGGCGUCAAACAAUUUCUAUUUGACCAGGAGACAGACAUUUGCUGUCUGCUCUCUUGCCUUUCUUUUGGGUUUGGCAGCAUUUCUUGUCGGGUGGUUUCAAGAUAAACCAUUUGUUGGGGCAUCUGUUGGCUAUUUUUCGUUCCUGUUUCUUUUGUCUGGAAGAGCAUUAGCGGCUCUUCUAUCCCCGCCUAUUGUGGUUUAUUCUCCACGGGUAUUACCAGUGUAUGUGUAUGAUGCUCAUGCGGAUUGCGGAAAGAAUGUCAGUGCUGCGUUUCUUGUCCUUUAUGGCAUUGCAUUGGCAACAGAAGGUUGGGGUGUUGUGGCUAGUCUGAUGAUAUAUCCUCCGUUUGCUGGUGCUGCUGUAUCAGCUAUCAACCUUGUUGUAGCCUUUGGCUUUGCUGUCUCACGUCCUUGUCUGACUCUUGAGAUGAUGGAGGAUGCUGUUCGUUUUCUUAGCAAGGAUACUGUAGUGCAAGCCAUCGCUCGAUCUGCCACCAAAACAAGAAAUGCUCUAUCUGGCACGUAUUCAGCUCCACAAAGGUCUGCUAGCUCAGCAGCUCUUUUGGUUGGGGAUCCCACAGUGAUGCGUGACAAGGCAGGGAACUUUGUGCUUCCUAGAGAUGAUGUCAUGAAACUAAGAGAUCGUCUUAGGAACGAGGAAAGAGUUGCAGGAUCUUUCUUCUAUAAAAUGAGAUACAGAAAGAGAUUCCGCCAUGAACCAUCAAGUGAUGUAGAUUACCGAAGAGACAUGUGUGCUCAUGCAAGGAUUUUAGCUUUGGAAGAGGCAAUUGAUACAGAAUGGGUGUACAUGUGGGACAAAUUUGGUGGUUAUUUGCUACUUCUGCUGGGUUUGACGGCAAAGGCAGAAAGAGUUCAGGAUGAAGUACGCUUGAGACUCUUUCUGGAUAGCAUUGGAUUUUCCGACUUAAGUGCCAGGAAAAUAAGUAAAUGGAAACCAGAGGACAGAAGGCAGUUUGAAAUUAUCCAGGAGAGUUAUUUGAGAGAGAAAGAGAUGGAAGAGGAUGUCCUUAUGCAGAGACGCGAAGAAGAAGGGAGAGGUAAAGAAAGAAGGAAAGCUCUUUUGGAGAAAGAAGAGCGCAAAUGGAAGGAGAUUGAAGCUUCCCUUAUUUCAUCUAUUCCUAAUGCUGGUAGCAGAGAGGCAGCAGCCAUGGCAGCUGCAGUACGCGCGGUUGGGGGAGAUUCUGUUCUUGAGGAUUCCUUUGCAAGAGAGAGAGUCUCGAGUAUUGCACGUAGAAUACGCACUGCUCAACUAGACCGACGAGCACAACAGACUGGUAUCGCUGGGACUAUUUGUGUUCUUGAUGAUGAACCUAUGAUGAGUGGUAAAAAUUGUGGCCAAAUUGACUCGAGUGUAUGUCAAAGUCAAAAGAUUAGCCUUUCAAUUACGGUGAUGAUCCAACCAGAUUCUGGACCUGUUUGUGUGUUUGGCACUGAAUUUCAAAAGACGAUCUGUUGGGAGGUUCUGGUUGCUGGUUCUGAACAAGGUAUUGAGGCUGGACUAGUGGGGUUGAGAUUAAUAACUAAAGGUGAGAGGCAGACAACUGUCGCAAAAGAGUGGUAUAUUGGUGCAACAAGCAUUACUGAUGGAAGGUGGCAUAUGGUGACAAUGACCAUUGAUGCUGAUGUGGGGGAGGCUGCUUGUUACUUAGAUGGUGGAUUUGAUGGCUACCAGACUGGGUUGCCUCUGAGUGUUGGUAGUGCCAUUUGGGAACAAGGUGCUGAUGUUUGGCUGGGUGUUAGGCCGCCUAUAGAUGUUGAUGCGUUUGGGAGAUCAGAUAGUGAUGGGGUCGAGUCAAAGAUGCAUAUGAUGGAUGUCUUCGUGUGGGGAAAGUGCUUAACUGAAGAUGAGAUUGCUUCGAUACAUGCAGCUAUCGGCGUGACUGACUUAGACAUGAUUGAUUUCUCUGAUGACAACUGGCAAUGGAUGGAUUCGCCUCCCAGAGUCGACGAUUGGGAUAGUGAUCCUGCUGCAGAUGUUGACUUCUAUGAUAGAGAUGAUGUAGAUUGGGAUGGCCAAUAUUCAAGUGGGAGAAAACGAAGAUCAGGUCGUGAUUUCUUAUUCAGUGUUGAUUCAUUUGCUAGGAGAUAUAGGAGACCCAGGAUGGAGACUCAAGAAGAAAUAAAUCAGCGAAUGCAUUCAGUUGAGUUGGCUGUCAAAGAAGCUCUCUUUGCCCGAGGUGAAAAGCAAUUUACAGACCAGGAAUUCCCCCCAAAUGAUCGGUCCCUAUUUGUGGAUACACAGAAUCCUCCUUCAAAAUUGCAGGUUGUGUCUGAAUGGAUGAGACCUGCUUCCAUUGUGAAAGAGAACAGUAGCGAUUGUCACCCUUGCUUGUUCUCUGGGGCUGCAAAUCCUGCAGAUGUUUGCCAGGGGCGUCUAGGUGAUUGUUGGUUUUUAAGCGCUGUUGCAGUUUUAACGGAGGUUUCACGGAUAUCAGAAGUGAUAAUCACUUCAGACUACAAUGAAGAAGGAAUCUAUACUGUUCGUUUUUGUAUUCAGGGAGAGUGGGUUCCUGUAGUUGUCGAUGACUGGAUUCCAUGUGAAUCACCUGGUAAACCCGCCUUUGCCACUAGCAAGAAGGUUAAUGAACUCUGGGUUUCCAUUUUGGAAAAAGCAUAUGCCAAACUCCAUGGUUCUUAUGAAGCACUGGAAGGGGGAUUAGUUCAGGAUGCUCUUGUCGACCUAACUGGAGGCGCUGGUGAGGAGAUUGAUUUGAGGAGUGCUCUUGCACAAAUCGACCUUGCAAGUGGCAGAUUAUGGUCUCAAUUGUUACGGUUCAAACAAGAGGGCUUCUUGCUUGGAGCUGGGAGCCCGUCAGGAUCUGAUGUGCAUGUAUCUUCCAGUGGCAUCGUGCAGGGGCAUGCUUACUCUGUCCUGCAGGUGAGAGAGAUUGAUGGGCACAAACUAGUUCAAAUUCGAAACCCGUGGGCUAAUGAGGUUGAGUGGAAUGGUGCCUGGUCAGACUCGUCUCCGGAAUGGACUGAUAGGAUGAAGCACAAACUGAAGCAUGUCCCACAGUCAAAAGAAGGUAUAUUCUGGAUGUCUUGGCAAGACUUUCAGAUCCAUUUCAGAUCAGUUUACGUCUGUCGGGUCUACCCUCCAGAGAUGCGCUAUUCAGUGCAUGGCCAAUGGCGAGGUUACAGUGCUGGUGGCUGCCAAGAUUAUAGUUCAUGGCAUCAAAAUCCACAAUUCCGGCUAAGGGCCACUGGUCCUGAUGCUUCUCUGCCCAUUCAUGCUUUCAUCACCUUAACUCAGGGCGUCGGUUUCUCAAGAACGACUCCAGGGUUUCGUAAUUACCAAUCCAGCCAUGAUUCUCAGUUGUUCUACAUUGGAAUGAGGAUUCUGAAAACACGUGGGCGUCGAGCAGCUUACAAUAUAUAUCUUCAUGAAUCGGUUGGUGGAACAGACUAUGUGAAUUCCCGUGAGAUAUCAUGUGAAAUGGUGCUGGAUCCUGAUCCAAAGGGAUAUACCAUAAUUCCAACAACUAUACACCCCGGGGAAGAAGCACCCUUUGUCCUGUCCGUCUUCACGAAAGCGUCGGUUGUCUUAGAAACUUUGUGAAUGCACUGUAAGCCAGAUUUUUCUCUCUCCUUCUCAGUGAUGGGCACCUCACCUGAGUGCUUGUGUUGUUCAUGGAGUUUCUGCACGGCCACCAAACUUGUCAAUGCAAGAUCUUUGUUGGCUCACUUUGAGAAGGUUCAUCAUCUGAGAAGCAUUUGGUAGUUUGCGAAUCUGAGUUCCCAGAGUAAAACCUUCGGAUGACACGGUACGGUAUUGGUCUGCUGUCUGAACCGCCUUGUGAAAGCGGUCCUAGAUGGUGGCUACUGCGUUUUGUAAGUGUGAUUGCACAAGAGGGUGUGGGGGAUUUGCAGGCGGUGCCACGGAUCUUUUGCAGGCUGGCACUCCAGAUGGCUCUUGGGCGGCUUGCAUCAAUCUGUACAUUUUGUAGGUAUUGUAACCGAGUAUAUAGGUUCAUUCAUGUAAAAAUGCAGGAUAUCAUCAGCAACCCAAAAAAAAAAAGGUGGGAAAUAGGACAUGUUUUAAAAAAAAAAAAAAUUUUGGGCAAAGGGUCCAUAGUUGUAGCUGCAGUUUUGGUGUGUUGUAAGGUCAAGACACUAACUGUGUGUGUGUGCAGAUUUGUUCUUUCAUCCUAUAAUGUAUUCAUCCUGUCAUUCUUCA